UCACAAAUGUGCUUGUUUUAUGUUGAUUUGUAUAGGAUAAAUGUUGAAUGACGUGAGGAAAGGGUUUUGAAAUGGUUAAUCAUGGUCUCAACUAUAAAACUGUCAAACCUUUAUUUUUAACAGGAGUGUAUAGACUAUCUGUACCAACUGUAUUUGGCCAGCAGCAUAGUUACACCUCUGGCCUCCAGAUAGAGUUGUACAGAUGAGUUUUGUGAAUUCCAUCCCAGCAUGAAAUAACAGCAGAUGAACAGCUGCCUUUGAACAGAACGUUCUCCUGGCACCAAUUCAAACUUCUGCAGAACAGCAGAAACAGAGAAGCCUUGUAAAAACCUCUGACUCAUGACAAUUUCCAGUUGGGUGCAAGCUGGAGUCACUAGCGGAUUCAUUGGAAGCCCAUUUCCACCGUACACGCGUGUCAUUUCCCCUGGAGGACCGGUAAAAGCAACAGACUGUCGUCUGAGGAGCUGGGUUGUGUUCGUUUCCUGGCAAAAAUUAUUCCAGAAAUUCCCUAUACGCGGGGGAAGAGCGACCCCCUCUAUCCUAAUAUGGUCAUACAUUUGAAACCCUUCCGUGUGGAUGGGCUUUUGUGAGUGUGGUGCUUUCAGGGGCUGUGGGAAAUUGUAGCUCAAGAUUGCAGUUUGCUGCAGAUGUUUACACCUGGAAACAGAUUUACUAAUGGAAAUUAGUAACUGUGUGAUAAUUAUCACGAGUCUGAGUCUGUUUGGUAUCAUCACUGUUAAUUAUAGAAGCGUCCUCUAUUCACAUUUAGGCCAAGUGAAACAAAAAAAUCAGCAAGUGAAAGCAACAGAUUUCAGCCUUAACAUCAGUGGGGCCGUUUAAAAUAAAGCGAAACUGAAAGAAGCUACAGCAUCAUGUUGCAUCAUCAUCAUCAUCUGCGAGGAGCCACACCGCCUGCGCUCAAAACUGCUCGGAGCAGCCGGCUGAGCAGCUCAGUCCACACACAGCAUUAACAAGUCACCAAGCAACCAUCAAGCAUCAGCCAGGAAGUAGCUCAGGUGGAUCAGCCUGACUCAACCUGCAAGGCUGGAUGUGUGCCCAUCCGGACCGGGUGAAAGUCCGUCCUGCUGGAGGAGAAACAUGCCCCUGCUGUUUAUGGACACCGGGUAUGAGCUCAGCAGCCCCUGCGGGUCCCUGUCAACCGAGGAGUGUAGCAGCAGUAUCUCUGCUCCGGAGAGAGAAGGAGAGGGGAACCAGCCUCGGCCCAGAGGGACAAAAAGGCGAGAGAAGAACCGAGACGCGGCGAGGAAGAGCCGGCGUAAACAAACAGAGAGAGCCGAUGAGCUGCAUGAGGAGCUGCAGUGUCUCGAGCAAUCAAAUUCAGCUCUGCAGAAAGAGAUUGCAGCGUUGAAGAAAGACCUCCGCCUCUACGAGACAGCUUUGGAACGCCACAAACCUCAUUGCCGCUUAAAAGACUCCGGCUCAUCCCCGGCAGAAUGUAAAGCUGGCUCCAGUCCUCCUCAGGCCUCUGACUCAUCUUCCUUAAAGACCAGAGCAGGUUUUAAAACCUUCAACAACCCUGAAAGGACUUGUCUCACGUCUUCAGCUUCUUCUCCAACAACAGGACCGACAGCAGCAGCUUAUUCAGUCUCUUUCUUCACACAUGCAGCUCCCCAUUCUUUGUUUUGUAAUCCACCUCCGAUAACAUGUCCCAGCUUUGCUCCCUCCACAGCAGCUCAGCUACAGAGAAACAAAGUCCACACAACCUCAACAGCAUCCCAAAACUCUGCUUUAACAGAGGAUGGAUUUUUAAGAAACCUAGAUUCUUCCAUUUCAAACACACCUACCAUACACUCCUGUUCUGCCCAUUUAGGGGUACAAAGCACAGGUUUACCUAAGCAAAGUAGUCCCAAAAAUGUGCCUGAGUUGUCUUCAUGCAAGUUCAGUGGAAACAGUGCCUUUCCUCAAACUCCUGCUCCUCAGACUUUGUCGGUUCCAGUCCAGGUGACCUCAGUGCCUUCUCCUUCUCCUGCUGCAUAUUUUGCCUCCUUGCAAAGUUACAAUCAACAGGUUUCACCUGGCCCUGAGUCUCUGCUCUCUCUGCUCACUGUGCCCAGCCCCCUGAAUCACUGUCAGACUACCUCCAGCAGCUUUAAUGGGUCUCCAGCGCCUGAUCCUUCUAAAGACAUGUCUCUUUCUGAGCUCCUGGAAGUCAAUGAUUGGAUCCUGAGUGGGUUUGGUAACUUGUAGCAUAGCAGAAUAGUUAUUUAUUUCUCUUUCAACUCCAACAUCUCAAUCCACAACUAAUAAACUAUAAUUUAAGCUUUCCAUACAAAUCUGUGCAGACGUUUUAAAGCAUUUCUCUAUAUUCUGCUUAGAAAGAGUCAGACUAAUUUGUAAUCUCCAAAAGUUAUGUUCAUCAGUAGUUUUACAAGCUUUCUGCAGCUCUUAAUUUUUCUGCUGGACCCUGGCUGUUUUUCCACUUACUUUCUGUCCAGUGCAUAGCCAUUUCUAGAAAAUUAAGACUUUUAUUGUUAUACGCUCAGAAAACUCAGGCUAAUUACAGUUCUAAUCCACAAGGUCCCUCCAACACAUUUAAUUAUAGAUGAGCACAAAACAUCACAAAAAAUAUAUGACACAACAAACUACUUAGAAGCUAAAAUCUAAAAUUAAAUGUGAAAAAAACCCUGAUAUUCGUUGAAUUUGAAAGCCUUAUAGCCUGGGCGUGAAAACCUUUGUUGUCCAUUUGAGAAUCCUAUGCAGAUCCUAACUAUGUCUCAAAUGGGUAACGUGUCCAGGCCCCAUAUGGGUCUCAUCUUGUAACCUGAGUUGUCUUGCAUCAAACCCGAGUAGGUCUUUAUAGCAUGAGGGAAUUAUGUAAUUUACAGAUAAUCCCAAUUGGGGCUAUUUAGAAGUUCAUUUUCUGGUCAUGUGGGCCCAAUAAGUAAAAAGAUGUAAACAACCCUGAAAUAAAAUAUUUUUUUAUUGCAGCAGUAUAAUUUCCAACUUGGAUAAUCAGUAAUGCCAGAAUAAAGGGUUUUCUGUCCUACUAUCACAAAUGUAAGCAUGAGUGGAGUUUGCUUCAGCUGCGACUUACUGGGGCAACUCAGGGUUGUCCUGAAGAGUUGUCUUGCAUUAUACCCAUAGAGGUUAAUAUAGCACGAGACAUUUAUGUUACCUUCACAUAAUCCCAUCUGGGACAGGAAGUGCUUUUCUGAAUAGAGAGAAUAGUUGCGCAGGGCCGCAUUGGAAAGGAGCGUCACACAAGCAUUACAUAAAGAAGUGUAAUUAGUUGCUCUCUAAGCAUUUUUUCUAUUGCUUUAAAGCAUGUACAGCCAAGGGGGGAUGGUACCACCCCCCAUGCGUUGAGUAGGUAUCCCUUGUUUAAAAUAAAGAGACUGGGUUACAUGCUUUGUGCAUAUAUUGCGACCCAGAAUCUUUGAUAAUUUCCUGCUAUUUAAUUGCUUGGAAAACAUGUAAUUGUGAUACUAUUAAUGAAUACAAAAAAAAAAUGAUAGUCAAGUGUAGGCACUGAGGGCAAUGGAAGUCUACUAAACAGACAAUAUAUAUUACUGGCAAGCACAACUUAAAAUACAAAAUCCUACCAAAAAUUAAAUCCUCCCAGUCCUUAGGAACUAAAAUAUUGGACACUUUGAUAUGAAGAUUAUGAUGUAUUGUGCAAUUCUCCUUGAAUCAAUAAAACAUACCGAAGAUGAGACGGUAGGACAGACAGAAAAUAUUAUUUUAGCACCAACAGUGUGAAUCCCAGUGGUUUGUUAACUGACCCAGCUCCUGUGUUAGGUCUUUGCCCGACUUCCUGUUACUUGGAGAGAUGACCUUCAGAUGUUCUGUUUUGAGCCCACUACUUCUUCAUUUGUCCUAUGCUUUUGCAUGGUAUACUUCUGUGGUCAGGACCCAAAAACCAGACUGCCAGACAGCGUGAAAACCAACUGAUCAAGAUCCGUUUAAAAACGGAUGUAUUCAAAAAUGUUUGGCUGCUUGGAAAGGAAUAUAUAAAGAAAUAAGGGGUUGUAUGAACGUUUUGCACAUAAUACAAUCAAAGCAGAUAAAAGCAAAUUAUUAUAAAUCUAAAGAACAGAAAAAUGCAAAACCCCAGUUUUGCUAUAAUACAACCAAUAAGACCCCUGGACUCUGACUUCAGAUCAGAUAGUUCCCCCCUUUCAGUCUCACAGAGGUUUUUAUUAAUUUUUUUAGAGGACACUCUUUGUCUUAAACUGGAAUUUCCUUUUAAUGGUAGAGAACUUAACAGAGGAUCCCUCAAUAGAAGCCUGAGGUUCCAGGAACUGCUACUGAAAUCUGUCGCUACAAACUGCAACAUCAACUAAACCAAGUCACUCUAAUUUUCACAAUGACAAGAAAUCAGUCUAGGGUGUCAGCUGUUUCUUAAUAAAAAAAGCCCCUUUAACUCAAGCCUGGGAGGAGGCUGUACUACCUUGGAAGUUCAUGGAAAUGUAAUCUGGAAGAAUUUUCAUCAGAAGCCAUUAAACUGAGUCACAAGGACAGCUGUGGCUGCAUAUUGUAUGCACAUAUUUUUGUAUCCUAACUAAUGCAACCUAAGGUGUUACUGUCUGUGGCUGCUAUUUAUUUCCAUGCUGCAAAAUCCAGUUUUUUAAAUACUACAGUAUUUAUUAGUACUUUAGAAAGAUGCAUGAUGGAGUUCAAUGUGAACUACUCUGGUGUUGGUUUCAGCCACAUACUGUGCUGCUGUGGGCUGAAACAGGCAGCAAAUGUAAAUGUGGUAAAGAAACGUUCAGGCUUUUAUGACUCAUGAUUUGUUGCAGCAUCUACAGACAUGCAGGUGCCUGUAUAAUUCAAAUGGAGGGCAUGAAAAGAUCCCACCAGGUUAUUUAUUUAGCUAUGUGUCAGAUCAUGAAACACAUUGUUCUGUUGUCUGUUAUUUUUUUACUGUAUGCGUCUGCCAGACCAAUAGAAAACUCCUGGAGGUCCCUUCAUCUUGUGCUCUACCUGUGUUCCACAAAAAAUUGCUCCUUUAAAAAUUGGCACAGAAAUAUUUUGCAUCGACAUACUUUUCCCAUUUUUUUUUGUUAAUGUCAUUGUAUUCUUUAGUCCUCAGAGUUUCCACUCCAAUAUAUUACAAUUGGAUUUUGGGAGGUGUGGCGGUCUUAUCAGUUGACAGGACAAUCAAUUCAGUUUCAUUUUUUCUUUUUUUCCAAAGUAGUUCGUAAAUACAUUGCUCCACCUUUAUCCCUUAGACACAAAAAUUUUCUUAAACCUCGCAAUAGUAAUAACUUGUAUCAACAUAUUUCCCUAAUUUACCUUUAAUGAAUGAGCCUAAUUUCAGUCUUUGCCAUACCUAGCAAGUAUUAACAUGAUUCUGAUUUAUGUUUUUGUGCAAAUCCAUUAAAAAAACCAUCAAAAAGUUGAUUUUAACAUCAGGAAGGGAAACUGAAGUGUUAGUGUAUUACAAAACAUCAACACCAUCCAAGUUAUGCAUAAAGAAAUGUUCAGGCACCCAGGUGGGAUAAGAAAGACUGGAGCACCUGGCUCUUAUUUUACUGUGCAUUUGCUUUUUUAACAUUUGAAUUCAUUGUUAGAAGAUCUCCAGAAGAAUAGAGAGGGAGACAUUUAUAUUCUAAAGAAACAUUGGUGCCAGCCAUGGUCAGAUGGAUUACAGAAUGUGAUAAAGAGACAAAAGCAAAGGUUUUUUCCCCAUGAAAGUGGCAUCUUUAACUAUGCUCUUCUGAUUAUAUAUUUAAUGUAACUUUUUCUUAAAGGAUUAUCUUGUAAACCAGAAUUUCUAUGUCUAAUGUGGCCAGAAAUGCCAAAUGUAUUUAGAUUAGAUUGUGGUUUAUGAAAAUAGGAUGAAUGGGAGGUAUUAAUUUAAUGUUUUUAUGUUAUUCGAUGUCAGUGGGCUUUACAGACGAAGCUGGUUUCCUAUAAAAUAUCUCUUCUCAGAGUCCUCAAAGACCAUUUAAUUACUUAAUGCUUUGGAUAAAAACGCUGCAAAAACAUUGUUUUCUCCUUUCUUACGGGUGAAUUACUUUUUCUUAUGUCUAGGAAAUGUGCAGCGCUUUUAUUUGAAUGAUGAUUUAGGUUAUUCCAGUGAUUUAUGUUGAUUCUAAUGCUAUAAUUUUAUUAAAAAAUGUAUAAUGUAGUUUUUGGCAUAUAUAAAUGUAUUUAUGCCAAUACAGAGGAAAUAUAUGAGAGUUUGUGUUAACGAUGUGCUUUUAAGUGUGACUGUGUGUAUUUAUCACAUAUAUUUAUGCCGCAACACCAGUUUUAGUGUAAACACAACAAAAUAAAAACAUUUCUGCAGUACAGUACAUACGUA